AUGGCUAAUAUUCAAAAUUUCAACUUCCCCUACUUCCCUCCAUUCCCACCUCAUAACUCUCCAUUUCCUCCACCAAGUGUGUCACCACCCCACCAACCUAAUACACCCCCUUCCCCUCCAAAUGUGGCCCCACCACGUCCACCCGUUACACCAUCACCACCACAAGUAGCACCACCACGUCCACCAGUUACACCAUCACCACCACAUCCACCGGUUACACCAUCACCUCCAAAAGUGGCCCCACCACGUCCACCGGUUACACCAUCACCUCCAAAAGUGGCCCCACCACGUCCACCGGUUACACCAUCACCACCAAAAGUGGCACCCCCACAUCCACCCGUUACUCCAUCACCACCAAAAGUGGCACCCCCACAUCCACCAGUUACACCGUCACCACCACGUCCACCGGUUACACCACCUGCACCUCCACGUCCACCGGUUACACCACCAGCACCGUCACGUCCUCCGGUUACACCAUCGCCACCACAUCAUUAUCCUAGUCCACCACCUCGUCCCUUCUAUCCUCCACCACCACCACACGCUGUUCCAACUCCGCCUCCAUCUCCACCAGGACAUCAUUCUCAUACCAUCAUCAUUAUAUUCGUCUCGCUUGGUGGUCUAUUCUUUCUGGCGUUUCUCUCAGUUGCUCUCUGCUGCUUCCUUAAGAAGAGAAAGAAGAAAACUUCUCAGGAAACUGAUAUCGUGAAAGUGGAUGAACACAUGAAGGUCCAUGAAGAUGUCGUAACGCGUCCAGAUGGAACAAAAGCUGUCAUUUUGACAAUUGAUGAAGAUAUACAUAUCGAUGAAGAAAUUGUGAAAAGGGAGAAAUUGGAGAAGGGUUCACUAGGCAAUUUGGGAGGCGAAAAUCUUGAGGCUACAAGCACAAUGGCAUCAUCUUCUAGUUCCAAUCAUCAACACCACGACCACAAAGGAUGA